UGUGUUUUGCUAGUCAAUGGUGGGGUUAGGUGGGCGUGUGCGCGGUUGGGCGUUCGGUUGCUGAGCAGCGCACGCAGGCGGGGGGAGGGGCGUGGGCUGGCUGGCGGCCGCGGAGCGAGGCUAGUGAGGGGCGGGCUGGCGCGGGGGGCGGCUGUGGCGGGGGGAGGGGGCUCUCGAGGGAUAUGAGCGGCGUGUGAGUCCCUUCGUGCCCCUCACUGCCACCCUCGCGCGCUGCGUCCCUGCGCCCGGCUGAGGCUCCCCUCGGCCUCCCCGGCCGGGCCCCACGUUAUGUCGUGAUCCCGGGCGGGCGGCGCUGCUGCGGCUGCUCAUGGGGCUGCUCAGGAUUAUGCUGCCGCCCAAGUUGCAGCUGCUGGCGGUGCUGACGUUCGGGGUGGCCGUGCUCUUCCUGGAGAACCAGAUCCAGAAGCUGGAGGAGUCCCGCGGCAAGCUCGAAAGAGCUAUUGCAAGACAUGAAGUCAGAGAAAUAGAACAACGUCAUACAAUAGAUGGUCCCCGACAAGAUGCAACUCCGGAUGAAGAUGAUGAUGGGGUGAUAAUUUACAACAGAGUACCUAAAACUGCAAGCACAUCUUUCACAAAUAUUGCCUAUGACCUUUGUUCAAAGAACAAAUAUCAUGUUCUGCAUAUUAAUACAACCAAAAAUAAUCCUGUUAUGUCACUGCAAGAUCAGGUGCGAUUUGUGAAGAAUGUAACUUCCUGGAAGGAAAUGAAACCAGGAUUUUAUCAUGGACAUAUAUCUUACUUGGAUUUUGCAAAAUUUGGUGUUAAAAAGAAACCAAUUUACAUUAAUGUAAUAAGAGAUCCUAUAGAACGACUAGUUUCUUAUUAUUACUUUUUACGGUUUGGAGAUGAUUACAGACCAGGGCUACGAAGGCGAAAACAGGGGGAUAAAAAGACCUUUGAUGAAUGUGUAGCAGCUGGAGGCUCAGACUGUGCUCCAGAGAAACUUUGGCUUCAAAUUCCAUUCUUCUGUGGCCACAGCUCAGAAUGCUGGAAUGUGGGGAGCAGAUGGGCUUUGGAACAAGCCAAGUACAACCUGAUUAAUGAAUACUUCCUAGUGGGAGUCACUGAAGAGCUUGAAGACUUUAUUAUGUUAUUGGAGGCAACUUUACCCCGAUUCUUUAGGGGUGCUACAGAACUGUACCGGACAGGAAAAAAGUCUCAUCUUAGGAAAACAACAGAGAAAAAGCUCCCAACAAAAGAAACCAUUGCCAAGCUGCAGCAAUCGGAAAUUUGGAAAAUGGAGAAUGAGUUCUAUGAAUUUGCACUGGAGCAAUUUCAGUUUGUCAGAGCGCAUGCAGUUCGGGAAAAAGAUGGAGAAUUGUAUAUUCUGGCGCAAAACUUUUUCUAUGAAAAGAUUUACCCUAAGUCGAACUAAGAAAAAUGUUUACUGUUAGAUUAAUGGACUAAACCUUUGGUCACUUUGACAUCUUAGUUCUCAGCCCUGGAAAAUAGAUUGCUGGUAGACCUCUGAGGUACUUCUCUCUAGAGCUGAGGAAAGUGGGCUGUGGAUCACACCAAAGGUGUUGGAUACUUGACUUAAGCUUCAGUUCUUUUAUCUAACUAAUAGUUUCAGUGGGAGUUACUACCCUUUCCCUGAAGAAACCUACAUUUUCCUUUACAGAUAUUAACCACACAGAGGUUCUGGUUGAAAAUAUAAACAAAAAAUGCUUCUAUUUAUGCUGUUGUUGAUUCUCAGAGCAAUUUAUUUUCAUUUAAACUUCUGCAAACAAGAACUCAUUUGUUUUCUCAGUUCCUACAUGGAGAUUUUGGUUGUAUACAAUUAUGAAUAGUGUUAAUAACUGGUUGACAUCUGUGCUUUGUUUUUGUGAGUCAUGUUACAUGAUAUUCAUUGGAAUGGUUAAUCGUGUUCUGCUAAGAAAUGCUGCUGCUGGAUUUGCCCAUAUAUAUAAAUGUGGUUUUAUUAAAAAUAAAAGUUAUAACUAAUCAUUAGUGUUU